GCCAUUUUUAACUCCUUUUGGCUUUCCUGACGCCUUCCGCCACACAGCUGUGGUUCUGCAGCCUGGUUAGCUGGAUGGAAACAGUGGAACGGAUUUUUCAAAAGCCCAGGUUGCUAGCCUGAAAAUGCUGCCAUUCGGUUUUUAAUUUGGAGGAUCGCUGAUGGCAUUUUUGCACGCGGUUGGUUGCUUGGAAGGCACUGUUCUUUUGCAAGAGGAUCCGCGAGAAGCGCCAAGGAAUUGGCAUGCACGCUAAGCUUUGGGCCCCUCUUCCUUUGCCUUGUAGAGCUCAGGGCUUCCUCGCAUCUCUUGCAGCAAUGGGCUACUGCUCUCUGCAGCUUUGGUGGAGGAGGUUUCAGCCCCUUGGCUUUGCGGGUUGCCUGUGGCAGGAAAUGACUGAGCAGAGCAGAGUUCCGCAUCAACUGGGAGCUGAGAAUCAUAGUCCAGUUUGCCACAUCAAGGGCAAGCUGAGAAUCCCAUCCGCCUUACCCGCUGCCCAAUUUCCCCGGGGCCAUGAGCCAAGUGGGGCCUGAUUUGCCACCUCCGCCUCCUCUGCCGAUGAAGGUUGACGGAGCUGUAGAAGCCGCCGGGGAGCCACCGAGGUCAGGGCGGGUUUCAAGCCACAGGUCUUACCUAGCAGCCGCUGUGCUGUGCUACAUCAACCUGGUGAACUACAUGGAUUGGUUCACCGUAGCAGGUAAGCCGGUGCUCCAAGACAUACAGAAAUACUUCAGCCUCGACGACAGCACGGCAGGUCUGCUGCACACAGGUUUCAUCCUCUGCUUCUUGUUUGCGGCACCCCUUUUCGGAUACCUCGGCGACCGAUACAAUCGGAAAAUCAUCCUGAGCGCUGGGAUAGUCUUCUGGUCGGGCAUUACCUUCGGGAGCUCGUUCAUCCCCGGGACGAUGGCCUGGCUGUUCUUCCUGGCACGUGGUCUGGUCGGUGUUGGCACCACCAGUUACUCCACCCUUGCACCCACCAUCAUCGCCGACUUGUUUGAGAAGGACCGCAGGACUUGGUUGCUCUCCAUCUUCUAUAUCUUCAUUCCGGUCGGAAGCGGGCUCGGUUACAUCUUGUCAUCUGGAAUGGCCCAAGCGACUGGCUUCUGGGGCUGGGGAUUUAGAGUUACCCCCUGUAUGGGGCUGGUGGGCGUGGUUCUUCUGGUCACCUUGGUCCCUGCAUCAACCCGCCGUACCGUCGAGACGCACGUCACAACCCAUCCCAGGGAGGCUGGCGCACACUCAACUUGGUCCCAGGAUGUCUGGUCUCUGUGCAAAAACCGGAGUUUCGUAUGCUCCUCGCUGGGCGUGACCGCCAUGGCUUUCAUCACGGGAGCGCUGGGCUUCUGGAUGCCCGCUUUCUUUGACAGGGCUCAGAUCGUCCUUGGCCUCAUACAGCCGUGCCUGAAAGAGCCGUGCAAUGCCACCAACAGCCUGAUCUUUGGGGGCAUGACCAUCGCCACUGGCAUCCUGGGGGUCGUUUCCGGAGCCAAAGCGGCCAGAAGGUACAAGAAGGUUAACGCCAAGGCUGACCCUCUCAUUUGCGCCCUGGGCCUGCUCGCCUCUGCUCCUUGUCUGUAUCUGGCAAUCAUGCUGGCCGGGGAGAGCAUCAUGGCUACCUACAUUUUCGUUGCCCUUGGAGAAUUUCUGAUUUCUUUAAACUGGGCUGUUGUGACCGACAUACUCUUGUACGUGGUGAAGCCCGAAAGGCAUUCGACGGCUGUCUCUCUGCAGCUCUUCGUUGCCCAUUUGCUGGGUGAUGCUGGCAGCUCCUACCUCCUUGGAAUCAUCUCUAGUGCCAUCCAGAAGAGUCGGGGAAGUGCUUCCCACUUCUCAUCCUUCCGGAGCCUGCAGUACAGCUUCGUCGUCUGUACCUUUGUCUCCGUCUUAGGGGGAGGCUUCUUUCUCCUGACGGCCUUAUACAUCGAGGAAGAUCAGAGGAAAGCAGCCCCUCCAGUCCAAGGCACUGAGAACAAAAGUUACAUCUCUGAUGAGGCAGAACUCAGAGGUGGCAUCCCUGCCAUGUAGGAGGACCGUUUUCUUCCCUUCAUGGUGAGGCACAGAAGACUUGAAUACCAACACGCCCUCCAUCUGGGGAGGAAAACAAGCUUCCGUGACUGACGUCUGCAUGUGGCAUUCCAUUCGUGCCCGAGAUCGUGUGGCAGCCCUCCAUCCGCACCUCUCAAACUGGCUCCGGGGUUUGCCAGGGAAUCUGGUGGCUCCAGAAGCCAAUAAUGCAGGACUGAUGAAGCAGAGACUCUCCCCACUUUACAUUAAGGAGGCACAAACCAGUAGAAGACACGUCAUAUAUUUAUAUACUGUAUGCUCAACUCUUAUUGAAACUUGGUACACCACA